UUUCCUUCUUCUUUUUUUCUCCUUCUUUGCAUUCCUCGAGCAUUCAUUCUCAACUGCCCUUCCUUUCAUACAGUUCCUGCCGACGACGAAAACCCCCCUUCGCCCCGAUCCGAGUAAUUCUAAUUACAUCACCUUCGAAGAAAAGAAGAAACCCUCCAAACCGAUCAGAAUGGGCACUUACAAGUUCACCUGGGCCCACCCGGCCGAGGAGGUCUACGUUACCGGCACUUUCGACAACUGGACCAAGAGCGAGAAGUUGGACAAGGUCGGCAACUCGUUCGAAAAGACCGUCACCCUGCCAAAUGCUUCAGAGAAGAUUUACUACAAGUUCGUCGUCGACAACAAUUGGAUCACAGAUCACACUGCUCCUCAAGAACCUGAUCACGAGGGCAACGUAAACAACUUCCUCACCCCCGAGCAGAUUGUCAAGGAGGACAUUUCUGCCGCAACCAUGAGCACCGUCACCCCCGAAUCUACCACCGCCGCCCUGGCCAAGGACGUGCCCCUCGAGAAGAAGGAUGACCUUCCCCAGGCCACCCCCUCCGACAUUCCCGGCGGCUUCCCCAUCACCCCCGCCGCCAACGAGCUCGACAAGUCUUUUGGCGUCAACCCGCUCCCCGCACAAGACGUCACUGCUGAGCCCGUGACCGUCGCUCCUGGCGAACCCAUUCCUCCGUCUGCGAAGGCCGGCGACAUCAACGACCAGGUUAAGCUCGAUAAGGAGGCCUACGAGGACUCUAGCGCCCUCCCAGGCCUGUCCAAGGAGGAGACCACCCUUCCUGCCGUCACCAGCAGCACCAUUCCCGAGUCCAGCUUGCCCAUCGCUACCACGGAUGUCACCAUCAACAGCGCUGCUCCUACUUCCACUACUGCUGCCCUCGCCGCCGAGGUUCCUGUCGAGACCAAGAAGUCCGAGGUUGACGCCCCCGAGUCCAGCUUGCCCGCUACGGCCACAGAUGUCACCAUCAACAGCGCCGCUCCUGCUUCCUCCACUGCCGCUUUGGCCGCCGAGAUUCCUCUCGAGUCUAAGAAAGCCGAGGUCCCCGAGGUUGUCAAGGAGAGCCAGGAGAAGGCUCACGCCGAGCCCGAGGCUAGCGCGAACCCUGAGGCCGUUCAGGAGAAGGCCGUUGUCGAGGAUGAGCUCCUUGACAAGGUCCCCACUGCUCCCUCCACAUCCGAGGGUACCUCCGGCUUUGGCACCCAAAAGACCGAGCUCGCCGGUACCGUCAUUGCUACCGCCGCCACCGCCGGUGGCAUUGCCGCCGCCGCCGUCAUCAACGCCAAGGACAGUGCCGUCGAGGCCGCUGCUCCUACCGUCAACCAGGUCUCCGUUGCCGCUUCCGACGCCGCCGCCCAGGCUUCUGUCGCUGCUACUGACGCCGCUGCUCAGCUUCCCGAGCCCGUUAAGGAGAGUCUACCUGUGAGCGUUCAGGAGGCCAUUGGCGGUCAGGUCAAGGAGGAGACUCGUGAGGAGGUGGCCCCCGAGGUCCCCGCCGUUGUCAAGGAGGCCAUUGUUGAGUCCGGCAAGAGCCCCGAGGCUGCUGCUAACACCGAGGCUGUCGUCGAGAAGAAGGAGGUCGAGGCCGAGCUCCUCAAGGAGGUCAAGGCCGCUCCCGCCGUUGGCGAGGAAGCCGAGAAGCCCAAGGUCGAGGCCGCUAAGGAGGAGGUUAAGGAGACCAAGGAAGAGGUCAAAGAGGGCGACAAGUCCAAGACCGAAGCUGUCAAGGAGGAGGCCAAGCUUGCCAAGGAGGAGGUCAAGGACGCUGUCACGGAUGACUCCAAGAAGGAGACCAACGGCGUCAACGGUGCUCACCCCGCGACGACUGCCAACGGCACCAACGGCGCUACCCUCGCCACCAUCAAGGAGCCGGAGGCUCCCACAACCCCCGCCAAGGCGCCAUCUUCCGUUCCCGAGUCAACGACACCAAGCCACAGCAAGGCUGCCGAGAGCCCGUCGGGCACCGAAAAGAAGAAGAAGAACCGCCUGAGCGCCUUCAUCGGCAAGCUCAAGAGCAAGGUGCACAGCAAGUGAGCGGCUUAAUGAUGUUGACGUUCGCCGUCAGGAUGCGCGUGGAUGGGAGGCUCUGUCUUUCACCUCGGUUCUUGUGGUUUUUCCUGUCGGGUGCUGCGUAUUUGGGUUGUUUGUCGUUUCUAUGAUUCCCCUGGUCCACUUUGCAUGUGCAAGAGCUCAAGAGGUAGAAUGAGGCAUGGCAGCUGCGUGUUGACGAUGUUGGAAGUACGGCCGUUCCUCUUGGGCCUCUCUAAAAAUUAAUUGAGGAUGACGUAGGCUAUUGCCUCUCCUUCGGGUUUUGCGCUGCUUUUUUCAUGUUGGUACUUUCACGGCUCAUCUGCAUCGGACUAUCUUGUACCAUAAUACCUCGGUCGAGCCUAAUCU